AUGAGGUACUUAAAAUAAAUUUUAACUUAGCUUUACUUUUAUAAUACAGGAACACAAGUAGAGAAUACUAGAAUAAUUAAAUUAUCGAAAGGAUGAGAAUAGAUAAUAACAAUUAGAUUAAUAUUUAGAUAGACUAAAUAAAUUAGGAUUUUAUGUAGAAUUAUUACCUUCCAUUGAACCAAAGUUCUUUGUUGAGAAAUAAGGAUUUUCAAUUAAAGAAGCUUUGAUAUUGACAAGAGGUAGACAUUAAGCAAGACCAAAUGAUGAAGAAAUUUAAAAGUUGGAAUUUGAUAAGGAAACAAAUAUUUUAAAACUUGAAUAUUAAGAUAUUGCUUUUGAAGGAGAGUAAAAUUAUAGUUAUAUAUUAAUUCUUGGUCCACCAAAUAGAGGAAAAACCACUUUUAUUUUUAAUAUAAUAAAUAAGAUCUUCAAUGUGUAAUAUAAUAGCAUGUAUAGAGUUAAAAAAAAAUAAGAUUAAAUAAGAGGAUAUUAUGAUGAAUAUCACAUUCGAAUAUAAAACAAGAACUAUGUCUUUGUGGAUUUUAGAGGAAUUGGAGAUUUAAAAUUAGAUUUUUUAGGAUUGGAUUAAAGUGGAAACUCAAAUAUAUAUGUAGAAAUAUUAGAAUAUCUUUAAAAAAAUGCAUCUAUAGCAGCUAUAUUUUAUGUAAAUUCUUCAUCGAUUAAUCGAUUGUCUGAAGAUGAAUCUUAUUGUUUAUAACGAUUUUUUGAAUUAAUUCCAAAUAAGAUUAUCAAUUAACAUAAAUUUUUCUUAAUACUUACUUAUUGCACUGAUAAUACACCAAAAAUGACUAUUUAUGAAUAAUCUAAUUCUACUCCUGAAGAUUUGAAAAACCUUUUAAAAAAAGAAAUGAUAUCAGAAAGAGAAAAGUUUUGGUAUGGUAUAAAUAAUAAACCUUUAUAUGAACCAGUAAUUAAUUCUGAUGAAUAAAAUUAAAUAAAUAAUUAACCUUUAUAAGAACAAGAAAUUAAAUUUAAUGAAUAAAAUGAUAAAAAUAUAUAGCUUGAUAAUUUAUUAAGAAAUUUUAAAGAUGAUUAAUUUUUAGAACCAGAAUAAAAUGUGAAUGAUGGAAAAUUUUUAGGAUAAUAGGAAUUAAAUGAACAAGAUGAAAGGGCUGAAGUUGAAAUAGAAGAAACAUAAUUAGGAAAAUUUUAGUAUAAUUAAAUGACAAGUGUUAUAUCAGAAAUAAUUUCAAAAAUAUAAAUAGCAAAUAAUAAUAUUGAUAAUGAAUUUAAUAAAUAAUAUUUUAAAUAACAAUUAAGUUUUGAAAAAAAUAUAAUAGAAUUAUUGAAAAUAUAUAGAUUAAGUUCAUAAGGAUUGAUAUUAGAUGGAUUGAAUAUAGAACAAUUUUAGACUACUUAUUUAGCAUAUGAAAUGAAAAACUCAAAUGAAAGAUUUUAAAUAAGAUAAGGAUCUAAACUGCUUUAUUGUGGAACAUGUAAUAUUCAAUGUCAUGAAAAUUGCCGUUUUAAAAGAAUUAAUGAUAUGUCAGAUACUAAUAUAUGUAGAAUGUUUGUGAAAAAUAAUAAAGGAAUUUUUGUAUGUAAAAAAUGUAAAAAACAUGACCCUUAAAAGGAAUGUACUGUUGGAAAUCACUAAUUAAUUGACUAGACUGGAGAUAUUUACAAAAAAACAUUAGUUUCAAUGAUUAUUUUAGAGAAUUACGAUUAAAUUAAGAAGAAAAUGCCUUAAAAUAAAUAAUCUAAAGCAAUAUAUCGUCUUAAAUAAACAGCAGUCAUUAAAGCAAAGCUUAUCUAUUAAAAUUAAAUUAAAGUAAUUAGAAAUUAAAAUAAAUAAAACAAAAACUAAAAUUGCAUACCUAUUGAUUUGAAUUAAAGAGAAAAAUAUUUAAAUGCAAUGAUGAAUUAAUUAAAAAAUAAUAAUUAAAAUGGUGAUGAAUUUUAUAAAAAGUUAGAAGAAGUGAACCAAAUUUAUUACAAUUUGGUUGAGAAUGACAAAUCUAACUAAAAGUAGGAUCCAUAAAUAGAAAAAAAAAGUAGGGUAGUUAUACCUGAAUUAGAACUACCAGAAUCAAAUAAUUCUUAAUAAAAUUUAAAUAAUGAAAUUUCUUUUAGACAAUCAGACAAUUAAUAAGUAUAGUAAUAAAUUGAUGAAUAAUCUCCUUAAAAAAAUUUUGGAAGAAAUUCUGCAUACUUUAAUAAUUCAAACGAAAGAUAGCCAUUAAUAUCAGAUUAAUGA